AUGCAUUUUCUGGGCCUUUUCGCUUUCCUCUCCACCGCUCUUGCGGCACCUUUUUUCCAAGCUGAACAAGCUGCCACUGUGAUACCAGGACAGUACAUCAUCAAGUUCAAGCACGAUGAAGCUGUCGUAUCUACAAGGGCCGUCAAAGCUUUGAAGGAGUCAUUGUCAACAGCUCCCAAAUUCGAAUAUUCCCUUUCUGGUUUCAAUGGCUUUGCAGGCACUCUAUCCGAUGCAGAGUUUGCUAAGCUGCAAGCCUCUGAGCAUGUCGAGUACAUACAACGAGACGUCAAGAUGCAUGCGUACGGCCUAAUCUACCAGAAUCCUGCCACUUGGGGCAUCAGUCGUAUCUCGCAUAGGCAGCCUGGAAAUAGCACAUAUAUCUUUGAUGACAGUGCAGGAGAGGGCACUUGCGCCUAUAUCAUCGACACUGGUAUCUUCGUAGAUCAUCCUGACUUCAAAGGCCGCGCGACUCACCUUGCCAACUUUUCUGAUGAGGAAAGCAAUGAAGAUGGCGAAGGACAUGGUACCUACGGUGUAGCAAAGAAGACUCAGCUGUAUUCCAUCAAAGUCCUCGACUCCUACGGCUCAGGCACAACAUCCGGCAUAAUCGCAGGCAUCGACUUCGUCACCAGGAAUUCAACAAAACAUAACUGCCCUAAAGGAAGAGUCGCAAACAUGAGUCUCGGUGGACGCAAGAACACUGCUACGAACCAAGCUGUCGCCGCAGCAGUCGCCAGCGGCAUAUUCUUCGCCGUAGCCGCCGGCAACGAAGGCGUCGACGCGCGCUACACCUCUCCCGCUUCUGAGCCCAGCGUGUGUACCGUCGGCGCGACCUCCAUGAAUGACACCAUGACUUCGUGGUCAAACUACGGUUCUCUCGUCGAUGUGCUCGCUCCAGGUGCAAACAUCACUAGUCUGAACAACGACGGCGGAACGGCGAUGCACGAUGGUACAUCGAUGGCAAGUCCGCAUGUUGCGGGCCUGGCGGCAUAUUUGCUGGGACUGGAAGGUGGGAGUACGAAGGGGUUGUGUGAAAAGAUUGCGAAGAUGGGAUUGCAGGGUGUGGUUAGGAAUGUGAGGGAGGGGACGGUGAAUACGUUAAGCAACAAUGGUGCGUUGAGUGCGAAAUCGGUUGGUGCUCAAUUGUAACUGCAUGA